AAAUAGGUGAAAGAAUAGAAUACGUCUUUAAGCGAGAGUUGUUCAACACAUAUAAAUGUGCCGAGGAGUCCAAUUCCUAUUAUUUUUAUUCAUUGCUACCCUAGGUGAUGAAUACUCCAGAGCAGUGAUCAGAGGUUCUGAGAAUAUGUUGUCUUCUGGGAAAAAAACAUGCAUAAUUCCUGAUAACACUGAGUAUCAUUACGUGACUUCUGAAGGGGACAGGUUGACAACCGGAGAUAGCAUUGAUGGCAACGGAGAGUUUGUUGUUAGUGUUGAAUGCUUCAAUUUUAGAAAAGUGAUCAAACCGACCGACUUUGCUGUGUGUUUUGAUGGGAAACUAUACCCUGGCCAACAUACCUGUGAGAAACAAUGUGCUCCAAAGUAUGAUUCAUAUUCAACUAUUUUCUCCUGUACAACACCCAAAGGUGAUGAAGUGAGCUGCCAAUUACCAGCUGAACCUGGCACAAAACUCACUAUCCGAUGUGCCCAUUGGAGAUACAAGUCCCCGUCUAUUGACAUGUUAGGAGAAAAGUUAUGCCUGCAAAAUGGCGAGUGGGAAGAAUAUAAGGAUUGUGCACCUCAAUGUGGCCUACGUUCCGAAAAUGAUGGUUUGAGUUCACAUACGAAUAAAUUCAAAGUAGGGCAUUGGAGAGCUGUCAUUUUCGUCUACAAGAAAAAAAGAUGGACUUUUCUUUGUCGUGCAGCAGUAAUUUCGAAUGUCUUGGUUAUAACAGCGUUAACUUGCUUUGGAAAAUUUACUUCAAAGAGAGCUUUCCCGCUAAAAGUUGGUGUUGGAAAGUAUUCUACAAAUUACGGUGAUUAUCUCUCAACCAACAUAUAUGAUGUGGAAAAAAUUUACUCAUCCAAGCUACAACAUUCGAUCACCAUAGUUGGAGUUGAUACGUAUAUUGAAUUUAGUGAUACUGUGGGAAAUAUUUGUAUUGGAGAUACUCCAAUACUUGCGAAAGUAUUGGAAAUGUGUUUUAUAAGUAUGAUAAGGCCUCCAAUACUUAUAGGUUGGAAGGUAUAUUAACUGACAUGUUUCCUGAUAAACAAAUUGGGGUUUUUGCAGACGUUCGAAGUGUGGCCAUCAGCAAUUUCAUUACAAGAAAAACACAAGAAUUUGAUCAAUGGUUGCUGAAAAAUCAUAAUGGUUGGUGGCGCAGGAGACAAUAAGUUGCAUUGCGAUAAGAAUGUUUAGCUAGAGUGACGUCUGGUUGCUGGAGCUCCUUGAAAUCGUUAAAAUUUGACGGGUUAUUGUUAACUGAUUUCUGCCAAAGUUGGCAUAACUCUUACCCUAUAUGCUAUCAGUGUCUAUGCGAAAUAUCGUGUUCAUAAGUGCAAAGUUAAACGCUUACAGAGUAUUUCAGUAAAGUGCAUUAGUUUUGAAUCUUGUUUUGAUAAGUCAUGCCACCUAAAAAGCAAGGCUCUAGAGACGAGGAAAGAGAUAGCCAGCCGGCUGCUCAAGCGGGAGGCUACACAGCAGAACAGUUACAGGUGGAAAUCGACUUUAUCAACACUCAGUUAGGCGUAAACAAAUCUGAUGUAGAACCUAUUCGCACUGAACAGAAGGAUAUGAUUACAUCCAUCGAAAAAUGCUUUGAACUCAUCAAUGAUAAUAAAACCGUUAUUUCGAAGCACGAAACAAAACAAAACAAACUCUUGUGUCACAAAUAUUGAGUUAAAUUGUUCUGAGAUAGCUUUCUUGGAAUCAAAUAUGAACAAAGUGAAUAUGACAUUGCGGCUUUUCAGAAAUAUUCUAGGAAAAACUGUAUAAAUAUUGUUGGUGUUCCAUUUCAGAGCAAUGAAAGCUCAGGACAUAAAAUUUGAAUUCACUGAUAAUAUGGUUGACAAUUGUUCAAACCUUCUAUCAUUGUUGAAUUUGUGAGAAACAUGAAUAAACAGAAUUUUCUAAAAUGUAAAGUAAACAAAGGAAAAAUUAUGGCGAGUGAUGUUGGAUGGGUGAAUAACAAUCAAAUAAUCUAUAUCAAUGAAACGAUGUAACCGUUCAACAAUGCUCUAUUCAAGAAGGCGAAAGAGCUACUAUAGAAGGGUGACAUUAAAUAUGUAUGGUUUAGGGGUGGGAGUGUUUAUGUUAGAGUUGAUGACAAAUCGAAGAAAAUAGUUAUUUGACGUUCUGAGGAUCUUGAAAAAGUAGUUAGACUAUUAAUAUUUUACAGUAUCAGUAAUCUAUAUAUCAUUUUUUGACACCAAAAUCAAGGUUAGCCAUGUAACUCAUCAUGAUGAGUUGUUUUUAUUUAUUUGAAUUUGAAUAUUAUUCAUUACCAAGUAGUCUCGUACAUUUUUAUAAUUAUGAAUAUUGUUUUUUGGUUUAUUAUUUCUAGGCUUGAUUACUAUAACGGUUAUAGUAAAUUAUUUCAAACCAAGCUUAACCAGUUAUUUUCUUGGCUCAACAACUACAUUAAUCUAUAUUAUUUUCUCCGGGGGAGACGGUUAUGAACAGAGUCAUUGAAGGUACAAGGAAGAAUAAAUUGGAGAUGAAUAUGAGAAUAGGCACUUUGGAAUAUAAGAUCGAUGGCACAGGCAGGAAAAAUUGAUAAUGCAAUACUGGAAAUGGAAAGUUUGAAUAUCAAGAUCAUGGGCAUUAGUGAAAUGCGUUGGCCAGGAUCAAGCUACUGUGAUAUUGGUAAAUAUUGAGUUUACUAUUCUGGAACAUCAGAUGGGAGUUUUCAGUGUGGUGUGGGUAUUAUAGUGAGUAAAUCGAUAGCAGAUAGUGUCACAAAUUUCAUUCCAAUCUCAGAGCGAGUCAUGCUAUUACAAAUAAGAGCUUCUCCCACACCUCUGAACAUCAUACAGAUGUAUGCUCCAACAACAGACCAUUCAGAUGAAGAAAUGACUGAAUUCUAUUCACAGAUCACGAUUGUGUUGGGGCAGUUACCAAAACAAGAUGUGAACAUACUUAUAGGAGAUUUCAACCCAAAGAUUGGAAAGGGACGUGAAGGU